GGGAAAAUUACCAGCUUGAGCUGCCUCCGCUCCAGGGCACGAGCUUGCAGAGGCUGAGGGACUGCGAGCUGUCCGCGCUGACACCGCGCUCCGUGCCUGGCCCGGAGGACCGGGGCGCCCUGGACCACAUGGUCAGGAUGAUCACCAGCCUCUAACAGCCCCGCCGUGGCCCUCGCGUGCCAGACCGUGUGCCCCGAGUGCUCCCUGUGCGUGGGGAAGAGGCGGCUGGCGAUGCAGGAAAUCCUGGCGGCUCAGGAAAUUCUCGCGGCGCGGCGGGGGAUGGGGAGGCAGGCGCAGGAGGUGAGUGAAGCCGAGGGCACAGAGCAGCACAAGCGGCCCUGCCAAGUGGCCGCGGGCUCCCGGGAGGGCUCCCCAAGAGCCGGCCUCCCACCUGCCCUGCUACCGGGGUCCUGGGGCUCUGCCGACCCCGCCCGGCGGAAGGCCAGCCUCCUGCCCCUGCAGCGCCUGCGGCGGAGCAGCUUGCUGCCGGGCAUGGUGCCCCGGGUCCGCCUCAGCAAGGCGCCCUCGCCCACCUUCCAGCCCCAGAGGCCGGCGCAGAAGGGCAGCACCAAGGUCAGUGGCCACCUGCGGAUACCCAAGUGGCCUUACAAGGUGGCCAAGGAGGAGAAACCGGGGGCUGAGGAGGCCCAGAAGAAGCGCCAGGCCAAGGUGCAGGAGAAGCGCCCGCCGCCCUGGAAGAAGAGGACGUGAGAAUCCGCGGGCGCUUCACACGAGUUUCGAGGACAGGUGUCUAUAUUGACAAAAGGACAAAGACUUUUUGAGCCAGCUGACUGGGCUUUUUACAAUGGCUUUUCAAGAUUGCAGAUGCCGCCUACAGAGACGACAGUCAUAUUUGAGCCCCGAAGCUCACCAAUGUAGCAGGCGCCCCAAGCUCAGUCCUCAAGAAGCCAUGGCGAAGUCCAGGGGCCGUCUGUACCUUUGGAUGUGCUUGGCUGCUGCGCUGGCAUCUUUCCUGGUGGGAUUUAUGGUGGCCUGGUUUAUUAAGCCUCUCAAAGAAAUAACCACUUGUAUGCGCUAUCAUCAAAGUAUACGGUGGGAACUGGUAUCUGAAAUGAAAGCUGAAAACAUCAAAUCAUUUCUUCGUUCUUUUACAAAGCUUCCUCAUCUGGCAGGAACAGAACAAAAUUUCUUGCUUGCCAAGAAAAUUCAAACCCAGUGGAAGAAAUUUGGACUAGAUUCACCCAAGUUGGUUCAUUAUGAUGUCCUCUUAUCUUACCCCAAUGAGACAAAUGCCAACUGUAUAUCGAUUGUGGAUGAACAUGAAACUGUGAUUUUCAAAACAUCAUACCUCGAACCACCACCAGAUGGCUAUGAGAAUGUUACAGAUAUUGUGCCACCAUAUAAUGCUUUCUCAGCCCAAGGCAUGCCAGAGGGAAAUCUUGUAUAUGUGAACUAUGCUCUCACUGAAGAAUUUUUCAAACUAGAAAGAGAGAUGGGCAUCCACUGUACUGGGAAGAUUGUUAUUGCAAGAUAUGGAAAAAUCUUCAGAGGAAAUAAAGUUAAAAAUGCCAUGUUAGCAGUGGCCAUAGGAAUCAUCUUGUACUCAGAUCCAGCUGACUACUUUGCUCCUGAGGUACAGCCAUAUCCCAAAGGAUGGAAUCUUCCUGGAACUGCAGCCCAGAGAGGAAAUGUGUUAAAUUUGAAUGGUGCUGGUGACCCACUCACUCCAGGCUAUCCAGCAAAAGAGUUCAGAAAUGCUGAUCCUCAUACCCAAAGCAAUGCUGCUUUUAACAAAUGACAACUUAGGUUUGCUGAGUUACCGAUGGAUUGUAUCCUUCUUUAUAUCAUACAUUUCUUCUUUAAAAAAAUGAGUUUUGUGUUAUUUAAAACAUAAAAUUGGAAGUUUUACAUAUGUGAAAUGAUCUCUACAAUCAAAAUAGUGAACACACCCAUUAUCUCAAAAAAGCUUCCUCUCAUCUCUUUAUAUUCUCACCCUCCCAACUCUUCCUUCCCACUUCAUCCAAUCCCUAGACAACCAUUCAUCUUGCUUUUUGCUGUCAGCAUGAUUAUUUUGAGACCUGUCCAUGUUGGCAUCUUUGUCAAUAGUUUUUCUUUCUUUUGCUAAGUAGUAUUGGCAGGCUUUUCAAAAUGCAGGUAUCUCUGGAGCUGUUUUGUGGACACCAGGAGCAUUACUUGACAAGCCCUGUGUUGGUCCCAGGGUACCCUGUGCACCUGGGUAA